UGCAUAACACCCACACCUCUCCUACAUUGAUCCCCGCCGAGUCGGAGCCUUUGCUAUUUCUCCAAGCGGCUAAACAGGGGAGUUUUCCAUGUUGGAAUUGGCGGUGAAAGCAGCUCCGAAAAUCCACGUCUUUCUGCUAACCUCAAGUACGGCAGCAUCUGCUCGCAAAACGGACUUUUAGGAAAUUUGACUUUCCACGACUUCGAACCUCGACCGUCGACUCCCGGCAAUCCCCCUCCCCCAAAUUUUGAACCAUGGCCGCCCGUCCUCAGAACAUUGGCAUCAAGGCCAUUGAGCUUUACUUCCCGAGCCAGUAUGUUGAUCAGGUCGAGCUCGAGAAGUUCGAUGGGGUCAGUACCGGAAAGUACACAAUUGGUCUCGGGCAGACCAAAAUGACUUUCUGUGACGAUCGGGAGGACAUCUACUCUUUUGCCCUAACCGCCACGUCCAACCUCAUCAAGAACUACAACAUCGAUGUCAACAACAUUGGCCGCCUCGAGGUGGGCACCGAGACCAUCCUCGACAAGUCCAAGUCGGUCAAGUCGGUGCUGAUGCAGCUGUUUGGCGACAAUACAAACAUUGAGGGUAUCGACACUGUCAAUGCCUGCUAUGGCGGCACCAGCGCCCUGUUGAACACUGUCAACUGGUUCGAGUCGUCAGGUUGGGAUGGCAGAGACGCCAUUGUAGUUGCUGGCGACAUUGCCCUCUACGCCAAGGGUAACGCCAGACCCACUGGCGGUGCUGGCUGUGUUGCUAUGCUGCUUGGACCCGAUGCCCCCAUCGUCAUCGAGCCCGGCUUGCGCGGAACCUACAUGUCGCAUGUGUACGACUUCUACAAGCCCGACCUGGCCAGCGAGUACCCCUACGUCGACGGCCACUACUCGGUCAACUGCUACACCCAGGCAUUGGACGCUGCCUACAAGGCCUACUCCAAGCGCGAGGCCCUGCUGUCCAAGACUGCUGGCAAUGGCCAUGCUAACAGCAAUGGCGCUGCUGCCGCUGACAGCACAUCCGUCAAGACUGCUCUCGACCGUUUCGACUAUCUAGCAUUCCACUCCCCCACGUGCAAGGUCGUCCAGAAGUCUUACGCCCGUCUAUUGUACCACGAUUAUCUUGCCAACCCCGACAGCCCGGCUUUUGCAGAGGUCCCUGGUGAGCUACGCGAUAUGGACUACGAAAAGUCCCUAACCGACAAGGUCGUGGAGAAGACAUUCAUGGCCCUCACCAAGAAGCGCUUUGCUGAGCGCUUAUCACCGGCCAUCCAGGUCGCCACCCUCUGUGGAAACAUGUACUGCGCCAGUGUGUGGGGUGGUCUCGCCAGCUUGGUAUCACACGUUGACAGUGCUACUCUGCAAGGCAAGCGAAUCGGUCUUUUCAGCUACGGCUCUGGCCUGGCGGCUACUUUCAUGUCCCUGCGCAUCAACGGCAGCACCGAGCAGAUUUUCAAAGUUUUGGAUAUCCCCAACCGACUGGCUUCGCGACGAGCAGUCCCCCCUGAGACUUACGAGGCUUUCUGCGAGAUGCGCCACCAGGCUCACCUGCAAAAGAACUUCGAGCCCAAGGGUGACAUCUCCACUAUCGUCAAGGGAACAUACUACCUCACAAAGGUGGACGACAUGUUUAAGCGAUCCUACGCUAUCAAGGAAUGAAGAGAGCAUUGCGAACCUUUUU